UUAGAUGUCUAUUGUCUAUGUCUGUAUACAGACACAUUUAGAUCUACAGACCCUUCUGCAGAACAAGCCAUAUAGAACAUGGCUUGUGUCACAUAAUAGCAGCAGAUCCCCUUGCUGCAAGCUGCUCUGUGGCAACUUAAUAACUUUAAUGACAUGACACUAAUGUCCACUUGCCGCGGUCCAGCCACAGCAGUCGAACAGCUUCCGAGUGGGGGUGUGAGGAUGAAAGAGAAAGACAAGAAACGGGAGGCUCAUGAAAGUUCCGAGCAACUUUAUUGACUUUAUUAUUCUCUUAUAUAGUACUCAAGAAUAGAAAACAUCUUACAUAAGGCACAUCUGGAGAUUCUCCAGGCCUUGAGACAGUCCCGUGUUUUCCUUACCCUAUCUCCGUGUCCUUGUGCUGUUCUUAACAAUCCUCGCCCCCGGCUUAUUUUCACUUGCAAUGUGUCUUUAAUAUUGUAAUUAACCCUUGGCUCCCCACAAGUCAGUACUUAGAAUUUCGCCCCGCACACUUCCUAUUCUCCACCAGUUGCAUUAACUCCUUGUAGGCCACCGGAUCCCGACAUCCACUGAGUUUGCUCUUUUGUAUUCUCUCUUAUUUUUUGCAAGUUGCAGAGAGAUGUAGACUAGGACUACUCCCCUUAUGGCCUGAGAUUCAAUUUAAAUCAUCAUUUUUGUAUACACAGUGAUUUAGAGCAAGAGAGAGAAGUUUACAAAGAAAGCACUCCAAAUACCAAGAAGAGUCAGCAAUUAAUUCUUAGGCAUUCUAAAGCUGUGGAAAAGAGUUUCUGUUUUCUUUGUUUAAAGUUUUUGAGGUUCUCCUUCUGCUAUCUUGGAAGUGACUGAAUAAUCAUCACGGCAGCCAAACAAAGGUGUGAGCAAGUGAAGUGGACUCUUUAUAUAAACAUGCAAAUCUUCACCCAGAGGUUACUGACCUUGCCUUGUCCGUAGAUGUCCAUUCUCUAAAAGCAAACUUCAGAGGGUCCUCCUGGCUUCUUUCUUCUGGCUCUGUGGGAUAAGCAGGAACAGGUCACUGAAAAGGAGAUCUGUGAUACCAGCUGACAUGCUGUGGCCAUGAAUUGCAUUCCUUUGAUCAAUGAAGCUUACAGGGAAACUGCAAGCCUGGAAUAAAUGUAAAGACUACUUUAAUCAAGGAGACUCUCUGGACUGCUGUAACUGCUGUGGGAGAAUAUAAGAAUAUGAUGGAGAAGACAUGCGUCCAUAGUUCUUGCUCCAUUUGAGAAACCCCAUUAUCCUGAAACAAUGGAGCAUCUUCAAAAAAUUUCCAAGCUCUGAAACAAUUCAGAACCGAACAGUUUCACCAACAGAGACUGAACUGAAAAUCAGGGAGAUCCUGGAGAAAAUGGACCAGCUGAUCCCACCCAGACCCUUUACCCAUUUGAAUGCCACCACUAGUGCUGCACACAGCGUGGUCACCAUCCUCAACCCUCAAGACAUGUACUGUAGUGGGGACCAGCUGGAUGUCCUACUGGAGGCGAGGGACCACUUGGGACAGAGGAAGGAAUAUGGCGGGGACUUCCUGAGGGCCAGGAUGUCCUCCCCAUCCCUGAAGGCUGGUGCAUCAGGAAAGGUGACAGACUUCAACAAUGGCACCUACCUUGUCAGCUUCACUCUGUUCUGGGAGGGCCAGGUCUCCCUGUCUGUGCUGCUCAUGCACCCCAGUGAAGGGGCAUCAGCUCUCUGGAGGGCAAGGAAACAAGGCUAUGACAGAGUGAUCUUCAUGGGCCAGUUUUUUAAUGGCACUUCCCAAGUCCUUUCUGAAUGUGGCCUGACCCUUAACUCAAGUGCUGAACUAUGCCAGUACCUGGAUGCUCGAGACCAAGAAGGCUUCUACUGUGUGAAACCUCCACACAUUCCCUGUGAGGCUCUGACUCACAUGAGCACCAGAAACAGACACAUUUCCUAUCUUAGCAAGGAAGAAUGGAGACUUCUGCACAGGUCCAACAUAGGGAUUGAAAUGAUGAAGAACUUUGCCUCCAUCAAUGUUUUACCAUGUAACAAGAGUGCGAAUAUAGAAAAGAAAUGCCAGGUGGGAAUGAAGACCCCUUUCCCCAGUGGUUAUUCUUUGAAAGGAAGUUGGAUAACAGCAUUUUGCAAACAAACCAAGUUCAAUACAGCAAAAAGUAUAAAUGACUGCUUACAAAGAAAACUUGUUUACCUCAUGGGAGAUUCAACACUACGCCAAUGGAUUUACUAUUUUAAAAAUUUUAUGAGAACCUUAAAAUAUUUUGAUCAUCAUGGAACUGGGGUCUUUAAAACACAUAUUCUUCUGGAUGUUGAAAGACACAUUUUGAUCCAAUGGAGAAAACAUAGUCAUCCAUUUGUUACCCAACAGAGGUUCUCACUGAAAGAUGAAAACUAUAUCCCAAGGGAAAUUGACCAAGUGGCAGGAGACAAAGACACAGCAAUUGUCAUCACCAUUGGCCAGCACUUCAGACCCUUCCCCAUCAGCAUCUUCAUCCGCAGGGCUAUCAAUAUUAAAAAGGCCAUUGAACGUCUAUUCUUACGAAGCCCGGAAACCAAGGUGAUACUUAAAACUGAAAACACCAGAGAGGUACAUCAAAAUGCAGAGAUGUUUAGUGACUUUCAUGGCUAUGUUCAGAAUCUUAUCCUGAGGGAUAUUUUUGUGGAUCUCAAUGUGGGUAUUAUUGAUGCCUGGGACAUGACAAUAGCAUAUUUCAGUAAUAAUGUGCACCCACCUGAUUAUGUUAUCGCAAAUCAGAUUGGCAUAUUCUUAAACUACAUUUGCUAGAGGAAAAAUACAUAAAAAUAGCAUUACCCAUUCUCAAUCAAUGAUUUCACAUAUACUGCAAAAAUAGUUUAAUGCAAUCCAAGGUAUGAGAAAAUAAAAUUCUUAAAAAAUUUCAGUUAUAGUUAAGAAUAUAUAACAUAAAAUUUACCAUUGAAACUAUUUUAAGUGUACAAUUUAGUGGCAUUAAGUACAUUUACAAUGUUGUGCAACCAUCAUCUGAUCCAUUUCCAGAAUGUGUUUAUUAUCUCAAAUAGAAACUGUGUACCUAUUAAACAAUAAUUCUCUUAUCUCCUUCACCCCUAUCCACUAGAAAUGUUAUUAUAUUUUCUGUCUAUUCAUUUGACUACUCAUAUAAAUGAAAUCAUAUAAAGUA